AUGACCACAGCAGUCGACCAAGCUGAGACACAGCUCAACUCAGUGGAAAUGGAGGACGAGAGAUCAAAAGAAAAGAGACAAGCAGAGGAACUGAUGGAAGUCAAAGUGGAUGUGCAAUCUGAAGAUCUGAAUUCCACCCACAGAGACACAAGGCCUCUGAUUCACGACAGGGAUCCCAAAAGAAUCAACAAGAGUCUUAAGGUCACGUUUGAGGAUGUGAUUGCAGAGCCUCCCUCGGUGCGGAGCUUUGAUAAAGUGUGGCUGUGGAGUCACGCCCUGUUUGAGUUGUCCAGACUAUGGUGCUACCGCUUCAUAUCCCUUCUCCUGGCUGUGCCGGUCUCACUGGUAGCAGGGCUCCUCUUUGCUGUGCUCAGUUGCCUUCACAUCUGGUUGAUCAUGCCUUGUGUGCAGCUCCUUCUUAUCAACAUGCACUGGGUCCAGACUGUGUGGGGCAGCAUACUGAACAUUCUCAUCAGCCCCUUCUUCACCAGUAUUGCAAAGUGCUGCAGUCGAAUCACCAUCUACCUGGCAAAAGAUGAAGAGAGAUAGAAAAACACAGUGUAUAAAUGUGUGGUUAUGAACAGAGUAUAUGGAAAAAAGAUUGCAUACUAAUUCCUUACAGCAAAAUUAUAAUCAGCAUCAUAAUUGAUUAUUUUGUGUUUUUGCUCACCUGUCAUGACAUUUGGCAUGCUGACAUACAUGUCAAGUUGUCCCUUUUGUAACUCCAGACCUAAACAGGCAUGUGUUGAUUGAAUGUAGGGUAAAUGGUACUAAAACAAUGAAAUGCACAAUUACAGAAAAUAGCAAAAAAUGUGUAAUGCAAUUAAAUUACAAAAUGAUCUAAACCCAGAUAUAUUGGCCUGUAAAGCAAAAGAGACCAAAAAGCAUUUAGAGAUGAUGACUGUUGAGAGCUAUUAAAUUGUCUCUGGAAGUGUGUAUCUUUGAGAAAGGCUAAAUUAUUACAUUACUACAUUACUGACGUUGAAAUUGUAAAUACGUUGAAUGAAAUUGCAUUUAUGAAUUCUUAUAAAUGUUUAGUCUUUCUUAUAUUGUCCUUUUCUGUCCUGUUUGGAGAUGAGUUGACAUAAUGAAAAUUGUUUGGUUAAAUUUGAUUAAA